CUAGGAAAAUUCCCGCGUUCUUCACCGCACAAUUCUCCGUUAUCUGCAGAACGACGUCAGCAUCAGCACAAAACACUCAUCCAAUACGAAACCCGAUACUUCUCCGACACCCCGAAUUUCCAGCAACGCUACCUCGUCAACUCCGAGCACUGGGCCGGCCCACAACGCCAGGGUCCCAUCUUUCUCUACUGCGGCAAUGAAGGCGACAUCGUAUGGUUCGCCGAGAACACCAGCUUCGUCUGGGAACUCGCGCCUCGUUUUGGCGCCAUGGUUCUGUUCCCCGAACAUCGUUACUAUGGAGAGUCAAUGCCGUAUGGGAGUGUAGAAGAGGCUUAGAGGAAUGCUAGUACGUUGUCAUUUCUUACGGCGGAGCAAGCGCUGGCCGACUUUGCUGUGUUGGUCACGGAGCUUAAACAGAAUUGGUCAGCGGAAGGCUGCCCUGUGGUGCUGUUUGGUGGUUCUUACGGCGGAAUGUUGGCAGCAUGGAUGAGGCUCAAGUAUCCCCACAUUGCGAUCGGUGCGCUUGCCUCUUCGGCGCCGAUUCUUCAGUUCGAAGAUAUUGUGCCGACAGAGACGUUUUAUGACAUUGUCUCUAAUGAUUUCAGGCGUGAGAGUAGCAGCUGCUUUAACACUAUCAAAGAGUCUUGGGGUGUGUUAAUGAGCAUCGGUCAGAAACAAAAUGACCUGCUCGAGUUGACAAAAACCUUCCAUCUGUUUGCAGAAAGAUUGAUGGUUGCCCUGAUGGGACUAGCACUUUGGAGCGCAUAUUUGAAGGCAUUACUGUAUACUACAAUUAUAGUCGUAAAGCGGACUGCUUUGAGCUGGAAGAUACUUCCGAUAUUGGCACAGAUGGUUGGAAUUGGCAGGCUUGCACAGAAAUGGUUAUGCCAAUGUCCAGUAGCCGGGACAGAAGCAUGUUUCAAACAUAUGAUUAUAAUUUCUCCUCAUUUCAAGAUUGGUGCUGGAAGGAACUCAAUGCAAGAAAACGAUGCAGAUAUGAAGGCCACUUUGAAAAACUUUGGAAGUAACAUCAUCUUCUCGAAUGGCUUAUUGGAUCCAUGGAGUGGUGGCAGUGUUAUCCAGAAUAUAUCUGAAUCUAUCGUUGCUCUCGUCAUUGAAGAAGGGGAAAGGGUGCUCUAGGCAUCUUGACGGAGC